AUGUUCACUCACAAGACCAUGAAUUCUUUACUAAAGGAUUUUUACAUCCCCGAGCUGAAGGAGCAGGCAGAUCAAGGGAAGCCCUAUGUCUUCGAUAGAGUGUUGCCUCCUAAUACGACCCAGGAACAAGUUUAUAAUGCCUGUGCCAAGCAGAUUGUUAAAGAUGUUCUUGAAGGCUACAAUGGCACAAUCUUUGCUUAUGGACAGACAUCAUCAGGAAAAACACACACUAUGGAGGGCAAGCUGCAUGACCCUCAGCUCAUGGGAAUCAUCCCAAGAAUUGCACAUGACAUCUUUGAUCACAUCUAUUCCAUGGAUGAAAACCUGGAGUUUCAUAUAAAGGUUUCCUACUUUGAGAUAUACUUGGACAAAAUAAGGGACCUACUGGAUGUGUCAAAGACAAACCUCGCUGUACAUGAAGAUAAAAACAGAGUCCCAUAUGUUAAGGGUUGCACAGAAAGAUUUGUAUCUAGUCCUGAAGAAGUUUUGGAUGUCAUUGAUGAAGGGAAAGCCAACCGUCACGUAGCAGUCACAAAUAUGAAUGAACACAGCUCUAGGAGCCACAGUAUCUUCCUCAUUAAUAUUAAACAAGAGAAUGUGGAAACUGAGAAGAAGCUCAGUGGGAAGCUUUACCUGGUGGACUUGGCUGGAAGUGAGAAGGUCAGCAAAACCGGCGCAGAGGGGGCUGUUCUGGAUGAAGCUAAAAAUAUCAAUAAGUCUUUGUCUGCUUUAGGCAACGUGAUAUCUGCCUUGGCAGAAGGAACUAAAACUCACGUUCCAUACCGAGACAGCAAAAUGACCCGAAUCCUUCAGGAUUCCCUGGGUGGGAACUGCAGAACCACCAUCGUGAUAUGCUGCUCUCCUUCUGUGUUCAAUGAAGCAGAAACAAAGUCAACCCUGAUGUUCGGGCAGCGAGCCAAGACAAUUAAGAACACGGUCUCUGUGAAUCUGGAGCUGACUGCAGAGGAGUGGAAGAAAAAGUAUGAGAAGGAGAAAGACAAAAACAAGAGUCUAAAGAAUGUCAUCCAGCACCUGGAGCUGGAGCUGAACAGGUGGAGAAACGGAGAAGCUGUGCCUGAAGAUGAACAGAUCAGUGCAAAGGACCAGAAGAACCUGGAGCCUUGUGAUAACACCCCAAUUAUUGACAACAUCACACCAGCUGUUGCCAGCAUCUCAACGGAGGAGAAACAGAAAUACGAGGAGGAGAUUGCCAGUCUCUACAGACAGCUGGAUGAUAAGGAUGAUGAAAUCAACCAGCAGAGCCAGCUGGCUGAAAAACUAAAGCAACAAAUGUUGGAUCAAGAGGAGCUUUUGGCCUCCACUAGGAGAGAUUAUGAGAAGAUUCAAGAGGAGCUGACCCGACUUCAGAUUGAGAACGAAGCAGCCAAAGAUGAAGUGAAAGAGGUCCUUCAAGCCCUGGAAGAAUUAGCUGUCAAUUAUGACCAGAAAUCCCAAGAAGUGGAGGACAAAACAAGAGCCAAUGAGCAGCUGACUGAUGAGCUGGCACAGAAGAGUAGUGCCUUGACAGCAACCCAGAGGGAGCUGGGCCAGUUGCAGGAGCUCAGUAACCACCAGAAGAAGAGAGCGACAGAAAUCUUGAACUUGCUGCUUAAGGACCUGGGCGAGAUUGGAGGAAUCAUUGGUACUAAUGAUGUGAAAACAUUAGCAGAUGUGAACGGGGUGAUCGAGGAGGAGUUCACCAUGGCCAGGCUUUACAUCAGCAAGAUGAAGUCGGAGGUGAAGUCCCUGGUGAACCGCAGCAAGCAGCUGGAGAGCGCCCAGCUGGACUCCAACAGGAAGAUGAACGCCAGCGAGAGGGAGCUCGCAGCUUGCCAGCUCCUCAUCUCACAGCAUGAAGCAAAGAUCAAAUCCCUCACAGACUACAUGCAAAAUAUGGAGCAGAAGAGAAGGCAGCUGGAAGAGUCACAGGACUCUCUCAAUGAGGAACUUGCCAAGUUACGUGCUCAAGAGAAAAUGCACGAGGUCAGUUUCAAGGAUAAAGAGAAGGAGCAUCUCACCCGGCUUCAGGAUGCGGAGGAGAUGAAGAAGGCGCUGGAGCAGCAGAUGGAGAGUCACAGGGAAGCCCACCAGAAGCAGCUGUCCAGGCUGAGGGAUGAAAUUGAAGAGAAGCAGAAAAUAAUUGAUGAAAUCAGAGAUAUGAAUCAGAAGCUGCAACUGGAGCAAGAGAAACUAAGUGCUGAUUAUGAUAAAUUAAAAACUGAGGACCAGGAAAGAGAAAUGAAACUGGAAAAGCUCAUAUUGCUUAAUGAUAAAAGGGAACAAGCAAGAGAAGAUCUUAAGGGGCUGGAGGAAACAGUGGCAAGAGAACUUCAGACUCUUCACAACCUGCGCAGGCUCUUUGUGCAAGAUCUCACCACCCGCGUUAAAAAAAGCGUUGAACUCGACAGCGACGACGGAGGUGGAAGUGCUGCACAGAAGCAGAAAAUUUCCUUUCUUGAGAACAACCUGGAACAGCUUACAAAGGUUCACAAACAGUUGGUACGUGAUAAUGCAGAUCUUCGUUGUGAGCUUCCUAAGCUGGAAAAACGGCUUCGAGCUACGGCAGAGAGAGUUAAGGCCCUGGAGAGUGCACUGAAGGAGGCCAAGGAGAACGCCAUGCGGGACCGCAAGCGCUACCAGCAGGAGGUAGAUCGCAUUAAGGAGGCUGUGAGAGCCAAAAACAUGGCCCGGAGAGCACACUCUGCUCAAAUUGCCAAGCCCAUCCGCCCUGGCCACUACCCAGCAUCUUCUCCAACAGCUGUCCAUGCCAUCCGCGGGGGAGGCAUCUCCAACUCCAGCUACUAUCACAGCACCAAAUAGACGAGAAGUAAGAGCAAAGCAACUCACUCAUCUCUUCUUUCACUCAUCACCCACUUUUCUUUCAGACUUGCUUUCAGAAAACCCACAGUGUUUUUCUUCUAGUUUUAGUAGGACUCAUUUCCUGGUAAUUUAACUGUGAAAAGCAGGAGUGGAAGUGAGGGAGUGCCUGGUUAGAAUGCUCUGCAAGCUGCAAUAGGAGUUUUGAUUUUAAUGACUUAUCACUUUAAAUUUCCUAAAACAACCAAAAUCUGUACUGAAAUUCACACACAUGGAGGUGUGAAACUCAUGU